GGCAGCACUACGGCGCAUACCACGAGCAAACCACGAGAGCCGCACGCACACACUCUCGUUACGUAUUGACAUUUGUGACAGCUCGAGGAAAAGAAGAUGAAAUCUUCAAAUAUAUUUUUGUGAUAUAUUUAAUACAAUUUUUUUGGUUAAACUACACAUAUUGUUUUAUAAAAAUUAAUACGUGUCAGCUGAAAUUUCAUACACAAGUGAAAAAUAUUUGAUCAACUGCCGGAUUUCUUCAAUAAAACGUUAUUGAAAAACAGGCGGUGCACGACGGGCCCCUGAGUGCUGUGAGCUAAAAGAGAGUGUGGUGUGUUGCAUGCAGUGUGCCGACUUUGCAUGCGGCUGCUGCCAUAAGAGCCCCAACCACGAGCAGCUGUCAAACGGGAGCAGAAAAUUCUCGCACAAACUGUUGGUGAAAGAACGGCAUGCACUUGCGGCUACCAGCAGUACGGACGUAUAUAACAAUUGAAAGUUACAUUUGGGAUUACGCGAUUUUUCAUUAUACGGCUGCUGUACAAUAUUAUUUUAUAGGAGAUCGCUAAUAUAAAAAAAAACUAUAUUUUUUUUUGAUUGUUGCACACGCUAACUAACCGUAACUAUACCACCAACUGCCAGGCAAAGCGAACGCCACACGUUUGUUGCAAACAUGGAUGUCUAUGAUGUUAGUGAUGAUCUUGUCAAGCAGCUGAACGAUUGGAAGCUUAUCGGCAUAAUAUCAGGCAAAUUUAAUGAACUGAAAGAAAACUAUUCUAAAGUUAAUUUUGUUGAACAUGUACUGAUCGAUUUUAAAUAUAUCGACAAAAUAAUGUUAAAUAACAAACUGCGCGAGGAAAAGUGCGAUAAAAAGAGCUCCGAGUUUCGUAUGCUGGGAAACGAACAAUUUUCGCUAAAAAAUCGCAAAUAUUUUCAAGCAUUAGAGCUGUACAAUAAAAGUAUUUGCUAUUCGGAGCCUGGUUCUGAGAAUCUCUCUAUCGGAUAUGCUAAUCGUUCGGCGGUGCUUUUUGAAUGGAAACGUUUUCGUGAGUGUCUAGUUAAUAUUGAGCUAGCACGUAAAGCCAAUUAUCCAGAACGUUUAAUGCAUAAACUCGAUAAACGCGAAAAUGAUUGUCGCCAACUGCUGGCCACACAAGCACCCGAUGUUCAGCCAUACGAAUUUCAAAUGUCGUUUGAAUCACAUCCACAAGUACCCAUCAUUGCGGAUUGUCUCGAAAUGCAAUAUACCGAAGAGGAGGGUCGCUUUAUCACCACGAAACGUGAUCUGGUCGUUGGUGAUCUUGUCGCCACAGAAGAGCCAUUUUGUUCAACACUCUUGCCACCGAUGCGGUAUAUACGUUGUGCCACCUGCAAAGUGGAAAACUACUUAUCACUUAUACCCUGUGAGAGCUGUUGCUCGGUGAUGUUCUGCUCAGAGCAAUGUCGCGAACGCGCUGUCGCCACCUUUCAUAAAUACGAAUGUCCCAUCAUCGAUUUACUGCAUAAUAUGUUCAAUAAAAUUCAUGGCAUUGCGUUGCGCGUGGGCCUAUCUGCAAUUGAAAUCUUCCCCACCAUUGAAGAGUUGAUGGCGUUCUGUGAGGAUCCUGAUAAUCAAAAUAAGUCUGCAUUCGACUUGGACUUUACGAAUUUUACGCCACGCGAACACUAUCGCGCCAUACAUGGACUAGUGACGAAUCGACAUUUACGUUCCGUAUCGGAUCUAUUUCAGCGCUCGGUCGUAUGCGCAGUACUGAAACAUUUUGUUAUCGAGUUUACGCCAUUAAAAGAAUAUCUUGGUGGCGAAGAAGGCGAAAACUUUUUCACUGAGCUACUAUUCAGACAUCUGCAGACAUCGCCAUCCAAUAUGCACGGCAUCGAUUUGGUGGAACAGGUAAAUGAGACAAAUGACGAUACCACACAUUCAUCAGGUGCUUUUGCCUUUCUUUCGCUGCUCAAUCAUUCGUGUGCACCGAAUACACUACGCGUAUACCUGGGCACAAAGGCAUAUCUAUUUGUCUUCCGUCCAAUACCUGUCGGCGGAGUGCUGUACGACACAUAUGGUGUACAUUUUGCCGUCACUACACGUGCGCAGCGUAUACAAAAACUAUCUAUGCAAUAUCAUUUCACGUGUAAAUGUGAAGCCUGCGUUAACGACUACCCCAACUAUGCGCGUCUGCAACCUAAAAUGACCGUGCCCUAUGUGAAUGAUGAGACGGACAAUGACAGUCUGAUACGUUAUGACUACGAUUUCGCAAUGGAUAAUUACCGUAAAUACUGUGAAUUCCUGACGAAAUAUGCGAACUCCUAUCCCUGCGCCCAAAUCAGCUCUGCAGAGGAAUGCUUAAAAAUGGCAUUGCAUAUACUCGUCGAUGCGGUGCCGUUAAAAGCAAAAAUGUAAACUGCUUCAGCCACCAGAAACACACAUCUAGCCACAGGCACGCAACAUGUGUAUGCUAACAUAGUUCGCUUGCAAUAAGUCAAAUUUUAUGUUUUUUUUUUGUUUGAUUUUCAAUUGAUUCAUACAUUUUGAACACAACAUCAACACACAACAAGAUGCAUUUGCAUAUAUUUAGUAUAUAUAUAUAUAGACGUUGAAAUAUGUUGCCAUAAAUGAUGAUAUCGAUGUGGCGUAAAGGACUUUAAUUUUUUUUUUCAAAAACACGUUUUAUCAUGUUUCACGUAGUGUGCACAUUAAUACUACAAGUAGUAUGUGGCGAGUAUUACGGAAACCUAGCAAUUUAUUCUGCGCUCAAAGUGUUGCACAGUCAGUGGAGUGGAUUGCAUAAUAACCGACACUCUGGGAAGCAUUAGUGCGGCAGCGUUUUUAACACCUUUUUGGUGUGGCCACACAAGAAUGCACGCAUAAAAACCAUAUCCGAUUGCAAAAAAUAAUUGUUACAACUUUUCACUUUCAUACAUAUGUAUAGAAAUAUUUGUGUGCAGUGGUUUGUAGGUAUAUGAAAUUAAAAGAAAAAAACAAGUAAUGUAUUCGUUUUGCGGCAUUUUGCAUCUGUAUAAGGCCAACAAAACCACACAACAUAUGUUUUAUAUAAAAUAUUAUUAUAUUAACAUAUUGAACAAUUUCAUUUAGUCUUAACUAAAAACUUAUAUAUGCUGCUGAAGUAUAUAUUUUUGCAAAAGCUUUUUGUGUAUAUUUUCUGUGACGUACGAUAAAACAAUAUUACAAAUUCGAACAACAAUUAAAGAUGUAGCAAAAUAAUUGGAAAAAUUAAAAGCGAGACGCGUUUGCCUAAUUUAAUUAAUUAUGCAUUUUUAGUAACAUUAUUUCUUGGCGAUUCGUGCAAGAUUGUUGACUUACAUAUAAAGUAUGUAUACAAAAAUGUUUUAUUUGAUAUAAAAAAGAGAUUUAUAUGACAUUCGAAAGCUAUGUAAAAAGUAUUUAAUUGCAACAAAAAUUUGUCACUUAUUUAUAUUUUUUGAAUUGUAGAAAAUGCGAAAUUUGACGUUAUUUCUUAAAUCAUAAUUUUUAUUAAAGUAGCGUUUAAGCCGAAAUCAGCUGAUAUUAACAUAGUUUUCGAAAAAAAAAUAAAAUAUUUUUCAAUUUAUCACUUAUUGCCGUAUCUAUAACUCAAAACAAUCCGCAUUAACUUGCUAAGUGCUACAUAUUUUUUAACAACUCAAACAAAUUGUAUAAUUUCAUGCAAGUAAUGUUAAAUGACUGAAAAUACACACAAAAGGUUUCUUAACAAUUUCUAAUCAAUUUCGUGUAUAAAUGAAAAAUAUUAUUUUUAAAUUUUCAUUAUUUCUAGUUUUUAUUCUUAAAUAUUUUCAAUACAUUUAGUGCACUUCGGUGCGUUCUUUAAUUUUGUUUUAAUUUUAUAGUUUAUUUAAUUAGUUUUUUGUUUUUAACAAACCAUGUAAUUUCUAAUUUAUUCUAAAGCAUUUUAUUGUAUGUUAAAGCCAUUCAAGAGAUAUAAAAGCAAAGCAAAACAAAAAAAGUAAACGAAACGAAUAUUAAGUAAACAAGAAAGCAACAACACUAACUUCACAAAGCAAACCCAAAUGAAAAAAAAAUAAUAAAAUAAAAUUUAUUUUAAUAGAUGAAACUAA